ACUCUUGUUACCAAAGACAAUGCAGCCUUAAAUGAUGAUUUGAAGCUUCUAUUUAAGAUUAAAGUUGCUAUUAAUUAUGAUUCUUUUUGGGAUUUUCUUGUAAUAUUAUAUGAUUUACUUUAUCUUUUUUGUAAAGCAUUUAAUUUUAUGCAGCAUAACAAGACACAUCUUCAUAAUGUUUUAUAUACCUUUGGUUUUUUUAUAAAAAUAUUUAAAGAACUAGAAGAAUCACAAUUUCGAACUAAAAUGAUUGAAAAACUUGAAAAAAGAUGGGCCACUUGGAAGCAACUAUUGCUUCUUCUUUCUUUUGUUCUUCACUCUUUAUAUCAAUUAGAUUAUUUAGAUUAA